AUGUGUGAUUUGGUGUAGAUGUAUGUACGCAAACUAUAGCCAGUACGACGGGAAGUCGAGAGCAGUCGAGGCUACACGUUUCUAGCACGUGUGAGAACACGUGGUGCCACGCAACGGAAACGAGUCUAUUCACGUACAAAUCGUGAAAACACGCGUAUAGUUUGUCCGGGAUAUUGGCCAACACACUAAUGGACGAGUCGUUGCCUCUUCGCCUGGAAGUACAGUUCAAUGAACAGACACGGCGAUUUCCGAUGGAUCCUGCGAUUGCCACGUACAGGCAUGUGUAUGUCGUCGUCAAAGAAGCUUUCCAGCUUGCAGGGAAUUUUAGAUUGACUUUCCAGCGUGGUGAACAAGCAACGCAAUCUGAUCCUGUAAUGAUGUCUCUUACUAGCGACUGGGAUUUCGAUGCAGCUCUCCAGUCUGUAGACACUGCUGUAUCCCUGAAAGAAGAUCCAGUACUGAGACUAAGAGUUAUUGAUGAUAGAGAACAUGUACAAGAAGAUAAGGAGGAGAUUGCACCUGAAGUUGAAGGUGUACCUUGUUCAACACACAAAGAGGGAGUGAGCAUUCACAAAGACGUUGGUUCAGUUUCAAGGUCUUUGAAAUCUCUUCCUUCCGUCACUCCUCUGGCCACUUGGGGUGGAAGAAAGUCUAGUUCAUCAAUAUCUGGAAAGUCACUGGGAGAUGACUGGAUGAUUGUUGAAGAACGACCAUCUGCUGCUGCAUGCAACAACAUUACAAAUGCUAAACCAGAGUUUCUUCCUACUAGAAUAAUGAAAGCAACUCUCGGAAAGAUAGUUCACACAGUUCGAGAAAUUUCACGUAGAAGGCCUUUAUCUCGAUCUGACUGGAUGUCAUACUUGGAUUCUAAAGGUAAACUGGUAAAAGAUGACGAAAUGAGAGCAAAGGUGUUCUUCUGUAGUGUAGAUCCACAGUUGAGACCAAUAAUAUGGAGACAUUUACUGGGUGUAUUUCCACCAGAGAUUUCAGCGAGGAAACGUGCCCGAUAUGUGCAUAAGCUGCAUAGGAACUAUUCUAAAUUAAAGGAAAGCUGGCAGUCAAAAGACCAAACUGAACUAAAACAACUCUCGGAUAUGAUCAUGAAAGAUGUGAGACGCACAGAUAGAAAACAUCCUUAUUUCAGUGUCGAUGAUGGCCACUCCAGACUACAGAAACUUUUCAAUGUUCUCAUGACUUAUGCCACGAACAACCCUGAUGUGAUGUAUGCACAAGGAAUGAGUGAUAUUGCUUCUUUAUUUGUUGUGUUGUAUGAAUUGGAAGCAGACAGCUUUGUUUGUUUCAGUCAGUUGAUGAAACGUAUGAAGCAUCAUUUUUUGCUUGAGAGUGUAGCAGUCACACAAAAAUUUUCUAGUCUUCAAAUUUUGCUGAAACAUGUGGAUCCCUUCUAUUACAACUACCUACAACAGUGGGAUGCAGAUGACCUGCUUUUUUGUUAUCGUUGGCUAUUGUUGGACAUGAAACGAGAAUUUGAAUUCAAUGAUGCUCUGAAAGUGUUGGAGAUCACUUGGAGUGUGAUUCCAAAAGUUCCUGGUCCAGGAGAUGAACCGUAUGAACCCGAAUUCACUACAAUGGACGACAUUACUAAUGAUGGAACUGGAAAUGAGUCACCAUCAGGUACUGGCGAUCAUUUAUUUGACAUGGAAAACGAAGACGGGUGGCAGCAACCACAAGACAACGAAGAGGAAGAGGAAAUGAAGGCCGUUGUAGAAGAGUUAAAUUCUAUUAUUCCGUCAGACAUAAUAAGCAAAGAACAACAUCCACCUGAUGAAGAUGACACAUGUGAUGAUAAUUCAGCCUUGCUCACUAGUAGCAGUGAUCAGUUAUCAGAUAGUCAAUGCAUUACAACAACUGCACAGACAGGGUCUCCUACAACUACAGCAGAUGACGACAAAGCAGAUCAUCUGGCUGAUUUGAGUUGUGCACUACAAACUUCCUCUGAAAUUAGCAAACAGUUUGAUUCAUUUGAAACAUUGGAUUCUGCUGUAAUGAUUCCAUCUAUUUGUGGAGCUGGAAAUCCAUUCACCAUGUUUGGCUGCUUGACAUUGCUUCUUGUUCAUAAAGACCACAUUAUGAUGAACAACCUGGACUACAAUGAGCUUGCAAUGCACUACGACAUGAUGGCCAGAAAAACAAACUUCGGUGAUUUUAUCACAAAAACCCGAUCACUCUUUAUUAAGUAUCUCAAGAGCUGUCGUGACACUGAAGAGUUUACAACAUUCACUGCUAUCUGUAAUGAUGAAGUAGCCUUGUAAUACCUACCGUUCAACAUCAUAUGUAAUUUGUGUUGACUUAUUAACUUCGUCACCCUAAAGAUCAGCAAGGAUCAAAGGCGGUGAAUAGCUCAUUGAUUGCAACUAAAAGCAAUGAUGGUCUUCAAAACUUUUCGUUUGUAUCAUAGACAUACUAUGGACAUACCUCAAUAUAUUUUGUGUACUUUACUUUAUAUAUUGUGAACUUCCUGCAUUUUCUAUCUCUGAACAGUAUGACAAUUAAAUAUAUCAUUUCAUAUCAAGA